GCGGCCUGCGGCACAUCGGGGCCCCCUGAUGCGAUGACUCGGAGCAGGUUUUGCCAAGUGUUUCUUGUACGUCCAAGCCGGAAGGACCUCAGCUGUUUACGUAUGGAUGACAAGUCGCCUUAACUGUUGGAAUGGCAGUCCAAUUACUCUACUGGGUUCUGUUCUGGGAUCUGUUGUGUUUCUGCAUCAGAGACGUCACGUGUCUCUGUAACAUCACCUGCACCACCGACUAUGAGCGAUACCUGGAGUGCCAAUGCGCCAACGUGCCUCAGAGUUCUAUUGGGCUGGAAGCAAAUUGCAGUGGCGAGUAUGACGGCGAAGUAAUAGCGAUCCUCAGCAGCUGCGAGCUCCGGCCUCCUCAGUCCAGCUGCAAGAUGCAACCUGAGGACUUCUUCAAGAUCGUCUCCGCGGAUACAAAUUGCACUGUGAGAGUCAUUUACCCGCUGGGGCCCUCCACCGACCCACUGGGGCCCACAAAGGACCCUCUGGGGCCUUCCACCGACCUACUGGGGCUCCCCCCGCCUGGAGUGGUGGAAUCGAACUCCUGGUUUCUGGGCGACAUAGUGAAGCCGCUGCCGCCGUCGAACCUGCGUGUGACGCACCACGGGGGGAGAGUGAACCUCACCUGGGAGGUGGACAGCUACAAGCACUGUCUGAGUUACAGGGUUCGGAUCAGAGACCCCACCCAGGUCCGCAGCUUCGAGUUGCUCCAGCAGUACCUGGCGAUGGACGCCUCCAGCCUGCCCCCCUCCUUCCGCUCCCAGGCCGACGUCCAGGCCUGCCUCUGCCCUGAGUCCUACCUGAAAGGGCCCUGGAGUGCCUGGAGCCCUGCAGUGGACCUCACGGAAGUCCUUGUGCCGGUAGGCGGAGAGAUCCGGUUGGUCCUCUGUGUCGCCGUGCCCGCCCUCCUCUGUGUCAUUGCCCUCUGUUACGUCUCAAAGCCAUUUUUUACGAAGAAAGUCCAGUUCCUAAUGUUCGUCCCUGACCCAGGCCCGUUUUUCAAGCCCCUCCGCGACAAAUAUGACGGGAACUUCAAGGAAUGGGUUCAUCCGGCGUUCAGCGAGGAGGAGGUCCUGAGGGUAGCGGCCGUCCCAGCCAGCGACCAGAAGCUGCUCCCGCUUAGUCACCACGGCAACCACAUUAGGAGACCGGGGGAACGGGCCUGCGCCGUCCCCGGUCUCCUCUCCCUCCGCACGGUGGUCCUGUCGGGGUUCGGGGGCGACGGGGGGCCCCCCGAGAUCCGCGGGCGCGGCGGCGGCGGCACCGGAGGGGCGGGGCCUCCGCCGGCGCCGGGCGCGGCGGAGGAGGAGGAGGGAGGCGACGUUCCCGCCGAGGCGUCAAGCCCGGCCCCGCGGCCGUCCCCGCUGGGGGGGCCGCGGGACCCCUGGGACGACGACUACCCCCGCGUGGACCUGGACACGGUGGACAGCGGCUUCGGCGAGUCGGCCUGCAGCAGCCCCGUCUCCUCGGAGCACGCCACCGCGGCCGAGGCGGGCUUCUUCCCCCCCGACGAACGCGGCAAGUCCAACUACAUCCGGCAGUGGAUGGACCGGCAGCAGCCGCCUCCACCCGCAGAGCAGCACCAUCGCGCGGAGCAGAACCAGAACUACGAGGCCUAGUGGCGCCCCCCCGGACCUCCACACGCA